AUGUGCAUCGCAGACGUAGACCACUACAUAUGCGGCGUCUGCAACACCCGUCUAGGAAAACCACGCCGCCGAGUCCUCGAACACUGUUCCGCUGCCACCGUGAACGGAGAGGACCCCCAACCUUGCUGCGUCCUCUACGACACGAUCCCUGAACCAUCCGCUUCUGAUCCGGCACUCAAUCCUUCGGGCCUCGAGUUUGAAGUCUUGAAGACGGCGCUGGGAUACACCCUUAUCGAGCCACAGCACCGCCGUCCGAAGCCAAAGGUAACUCGAUGCGACAUAUGCGUGGACCAUCUGGGAGAGAAAGAGGCCGCAGUGAGAGAGAAGUGGUGGAGGGCAGAGACAAAGGCACUGGCAGGCACCAGGAGGAACAAGCGACUUAUCCCAGGCCCUUCAACUGCAGGGUGGUCUGACAUCUACCGAUGA